GCAGCGGGACUCCAGGCUCUCACUUCCCCAGCUGCUGACGUCAGCUGGCAGCCUGGGCUGAGCUCGCCGCUCCGGACAUAGCGCCGAGAAAAAUGCUGCUCUCCGUACCGCCAAGGGCAGGAAUCAACCCCUACAACGGCUACAACAGCAGAAACAGCAAAAAGCAGUCCUAUGUGUCCUCCGGCCACCAGAUGGCACCUCCCAGUCCCAACACCAACAGUAGUAGCAACAGCAGCGGCGGAGGUGGGGAACAGCUCAGUAAAACUAACCUAUAUAUCCGAGGCCUCCACCCAGGAACUACGGACCAGGACCUCGUGAAGCUCUGCCAACCGUACGGCAAAAUCGUUUCCACCAAAGCCAUUCUGGACAAAACUACCAACAAAUGUAAAGGAUAUGGGUUUGUGGAUUUUGACAGUCCAGCUGCCGCACAAAAAGCCGUCACAGCUCUGAAAUCCAGCGGAGUCCAGGCUCAGAUGGCCAAACAACAAGAGCAGGACCCCACCAACCUCUACAUCUCCAACCUGCCGGUGUCCAUGGACGAGCAGGAGCUGGAAAACAUGCUGAAGUCCUUCGGCCAGGUCAUUUCCACGCGCAUCCUCCGGGACGCCAACGGGACCAGCCGUGGCGUGGGGUUUGCAAGAAUGGAGUCCACAGAGAAGUGUGAGGCCAUAAUUCAGCAUUUCAAUGGCAAAUUCAUCAAGACUCCUCCAGGAGUGCUCGCACCCACAGAGCCCUUAUUAUGCAAGUUUGCAGACGGGGGUCAGAAGAAGAGGCAGAGCCAGGGGAAGUACCUCCAGAAUGGAAGGCCCUGGGCUCGAGACGGCGAUACGGGAGGAAUGACGCUAGCGUAUGACCCAACAGCCUUACAGAAUGGUUUCUACUCCUCACCCUACAGUCUGGCUCCAAACCGGAUGAUUGCCCAGACCUCUCUCUCGCCCUACAUGCAUUCUCCUGUCUCCUCCUACCAGGUACACAGUCCGUCCUGGAUGCACCACCAGUCAUACCUCAUGCAGCCAGCUGGUACAGUGCUAACCCCGACAAUGGAGCAUGCCAUGUCCAUCCAGCCCACGUCCAUGAUGGGGCCUCUCACUCAGCAAUUAAGCCACCUGUCUCUGGGCAGCACAGGCACAUAUAUUCCAGCCAACACUACUAUGCAGGGGCCUUAUAUCCCCCAGUACACCCCAGUGCCUCCUUCCAAUGUCCCAGUAGAGGAGAACGGUGGUCAGCAGCAGCAGGUCGCCAUGGAGAAUCCGGCAGAACAUACAAACUACUCCUACCAACACACCAAGUGAAGCUGAGCUCCCACCAAUGAGAAGCCGCAGGGCAAGAAGCAAAUCCAACCAAAACAGGAUCAAGCUGGAAGAGAUCUCAACCACAACCAAUCACCGGGACUUGAACACGGAUAACAAAAGGAACACGUGUGUGCCAGUGCGUGUGCUUGUUUGUACUUGUGGGUGUGAAUGUGUGUGUGUGUGUGUGUGUGUGUCUGUUUUGUUUUUUUUGCUUUGUUUUGUUUUUGUUCUUUUCUUCUUUCUUUUUUUGUUUAAGAAAAAGGACGACAAUUAACUUCAUCAGACUCUUCAGCUCACGUCCUCAAGAGUUGACCAACCAAAGGUGGGAACCUUCUUCAAAGAAGAUUGGGUCUAUUUUGAUAACUGAAAAAGGAAAAAAAAUAAAUAACAACAUUGUUGAAAAAUAUCAAAAGAAAUAGGAGAGGAAGAAAUGACAGAGAGCAUUAUUUUUGUGCAAGUGGUAUAGCGAAUUCUUAUUUUUAAAAAAGAAAAAAAAGCAUUCUGGAUGUUUCAGAGUGAUUCAAGGAAGAGUUGAAACACAAUGUGUCUUUUAUUUUUUUGUGUAAAAUAUGCAAACUUUUAUUUUUAUUUUUUGAUGUCUGUUGUUUGACAUUCUAUUUGCAGCAGCAGCAGCAGUUUGUACAGAUUUCAAAACUUUUUGCUGGUCUGAUGUGUGGAGUCAUUCUAACUGUGGGAGGUAAACCGUUUAAAGCUACUUCUUCUUGUAACUGCUGCAGAGAUUUCUAUUCACACACGCAUGAAAAUAACAUUGACUGUUCAUAGUUUUUGUUUAUUUAGACCAUAACGGAACAAAAGACAAUCGAUUAUUUAUAUUUAUAUUCAAAUCAUAGUUCUAUUUUUUUGGAGUUUUUAAUCAUUGAAGCGUACGUUUAUGAAAAAGAAGUUAUUUAAUGUUGUAGUCUUGAAAGACAAGCUAAAAUGGACUUACAAAUUUUGACCUUACACACUAAUGGAUUCUCUAAAGUGACUCUUUUGGUUUUUGAAAACUUAGUGGCUUCCAGUCGUGUAUUUAUCAGCUAAAAGAAACAUCAAAGUGACUUGUGUUCAUUUUGACAGUCAUCCUGGUAUAUUAGAUUGCAAUCUCAUCACAUAUUUUUGUCAAUGAGUAGGCAUGGGCUGACAUCAUGUUUAUUGUUAUUCGAUUUUACAAAGUCACGGUUUCACAAUCAGACAUCAAAUUUUGAUGCUAAAGGAAGGGCAGUUUUUCAGCAUAGUGAUCGCUGCAAUAAGUGCAUCAUAACCAUAAGUAGGAACACAUUUUUAGACUUUUUUGAUUAAUGGCAUUUAAAGUAGCUAUUGUUUUAAAAUGAAAUUUAGCAACAAACAUCCCGGUACAGUCAAGCUAACACAGCAGCUAACGUCACUAAUUAUCUGGCUGACAACUGCUUGUCAGGCUCCCAAUACAUCUUGCUGCAAAUUGAGCAUAUUAGCCAAAAAUCUGUUUAAUUGAAGGUAUUACAUUGAAACAAAACUCCACAAAUACCAAUAUCCAAGUGUCCAUUGGUGAAUAAACGGCUAUGUACAGUUUUGCUAACAUGACAGCUAACCUGGCUCUUUAGCUAAAAAUAUUAGCUUUCCAGGCUCUCAACUUUUAUUUAUAAAGAGCCAAAUGGCAGAAAUUACAUAGUUAGCAUAGCAAUCCCCCAAGUUAGCAUUUCCACAUAUAACUAACCAUCUAGCAGUAGUUUCUCAGACUCCCAGUGUAAUCUUACAAAGAGAUGAAUGGCUGGGAAAAAAAUACUGUAACGCCACUGUGUUUAUGUUAGGAAUAUCUAGAUUUGAUUAGCUCCUGUGUUUAGCUAACAUAGGUUUUAAAUUUCUUCUCAGUACUUCAAACUUUGUCUUCAAAAUAUCUAGAGCUCUAGCAUUAAGUGUGUUUGUUAUUGAAGCAAUUUGACCACAUUAAACAGUUUUGUGGCUGAAGUCUAGUUCAUUGUUUUGUAAAGCUUGUCAAGGUGCAGAUGUUGACUUUAGUUUAUUUAGAUUUCUUUUUAAAACUAUAAUUAACAGCACUUAAACUGUAUUGUUCUAGCUUUUUUUGUGUGGCCGGUUAUUGUUUAUUUAUAAUAUUUGCAGAGCAAACAUCACAUUGCAUAAUAAAGGAGCCUCUGUAGAGCAGGGUUUUAUGAUUAUAUACAUAAAAAAAUCUAAAUGAUUGAAGGUGGAACAUUUUAAGCUGCGCUUAGCAUCUUAAAUUAGGUAUUUGUCUUGUUAGUGUUGGGAACAAAAAUGUGCUGUUUUGCAUUAAAAUGUACUUAAAGAUUGCAGACCGUUACCUUAACUGUGAGGCUUCCAAAGGAACGGCAGCAUUUCUAAUUACAGGAUGCUUCAUGUUAAAUUCAGGUUAAUAAAACAGAGCAACAUUGGUAUGAUGCAUUUAGUCCUCAAAUCUCACAGCCUGUUUAGAAACAACUUCCAGAAUGAACAGGAGACAGGACUCAAUAGCUAAAAUAGAAAGAAUAGCUUUGUAAACCUUUUGCACUUCCUAAGACUUAAUUUAUAAACGGCCUACUGACACUGAAGAUUGCUAAGUUUGAGUCUUCUUCCCUCUGUAACAAAUUGCCCUCUGAAGAGUGUUGCUGUUAGCCAAUUACAGUUACCUGCCAAUUUCUCUAUACUUUUUUUUCUUUUCCAUUUAUUAAUUUUGUCUUUCAAUACCUACGAAACCGUGUCAUUUUUGCUCAACUUUAUAUUUUGACAGCAGCCCAUGCCUAUCUCUGAGAAGUGGUUUUAAGCGGUUUUGUCGCAGCUGCCAUCAGGUAUCUUUUAAUUCAGCCUCUGUCCCAGGGGGUUAGGUGAACAUGCUUUAGAAAGAAGCAGUUAGAUAUUAUGUGUAAAAAGAGCAAUGCAGUUACUAAAUUAAAGAGUAGUUUAGUAAAAGUGAUGAGGGAAAAUUAAUGAAAGACUUAGAAAAUCCCACCGAAUGAUUUAGUCUGAUAGGAAAGGGAGUGAUAAGUCUUUUUUUUUUCAAUGCUGCUGUCAUCUGAGUUUGAUUCUGUCAGUGAGUUUUUAGUUUGUAGAAAGAUAUUUUUUUCUGUUUUUUUUUGUUGUUGUUUUUCUUGUUUUGUUUGUUGCUGAAAAGAUUUGCCUUUUUUUGAUGAAAUAUUCUUAGGUUAGACUUUAGCUGUAGAGUUUAUCUCUUCACAGAGACUAGAUGUUAGUUUCCUCUUCAAAUGGUUUGAGGCUGUUCUCUUGUUCACUUCAAGAUUUCUCUUGUUUUACUUUCAUGAAACAUUUCCGUUCCAAGCCUUGUGUCGUCUGUCUGUCCUCGCAUUGUAUCCGAACCGUUUGUAGAGAGCUUUUCAGAGCCCAGAGUUCAACCAAACUGACUUAAAUGUUGUGCUGAUCUAAGCGAUUCGUCCUGCUCAGCGUCGCGGUGUUCAAAUACCGGUCGGCACAUCGAGCCAAGUGAAGCUUACGUCACCAUGUCUGUUCAAAUACGUUGACCUGUACAUUUGUUGACACCAGAACUGUAGAUAUGUAGAUAGUAAGUAGUGGUUUUUACAAAGGACUGCUCACCAGACCAUGGAAGUGCCAUUACAGACGAUUCUUACAGCCUUAGUGAGACUGCAAGUCUGAAUGAAUUUGUGAGAGAUCCAAAAUUCUGCAAAAAAAAUAAAUAAAUAAAUCUAAACAUUUUUAGCAAAGCCUUAAUGAUCCUUUUCUGGAUUUACUGCCUGAUUUCUCACUGAAUUGACUUUUAUUUGUAUAUACUAUGAAAAUGGCAACAGGCUUCUUUGCAUCCCGUCUAGUUAUCACAUCAGAGUCGCUGCUGGUUUAUGUUCCUGUUCAAUCAUUCGUCUUUCGAGGUAGAUGACGUCUGCCUCAAGGCCCCACAGUUUGAUUAUCCUGAUUCUGCUCUGGCCUGUUUUUAUGACUUUUAGCUGUUUUCCUGCUUUAUGUUUCUGCAACCAAAGACGUUGUAACCAUCUCCAUUUUAUUUUUAUCCAUUUUAAAAAAUCGGAUUAACUCAGACAUUAUAAAUAGGACAAGUGUGCAAUCAUGCUCAAAAUUAUGACUACAGGUAAAGUCAAUUUAUUAUUUCCUUUGCAGACCUAUUAAGACGAUGCAUCUUUUAAAUCAUUUGUAGGGUGGACUUUCCCGUACUGUAAAUAGGAGAGCUUUUGAGUGCAUGCAGACACACUGGUGAAUCUAUGGGGGGUUCAACACACAUCCAGGAGAAACACAGCUUUGCUCUUCAUGGUGUUAAACAGACAGUUUUCAGACACAAAAGUUACUUUUGUAAAUAGCCUUUUUUUCCCUCUUUCUACUUUCUACUCUCUCUUUACCAUUCUAUUCUGUUUCAUCUUGUGUGAUUCAUUGAUAUUUUUUUUGUAUGAUUUAUGACCUAUCCAGAUAACAUCGUGACUAUCAAGUUUUCAGAUUCAGUGCACCAUGAAGGAAAUAUCCAAAUAAAUGCUAUUCCAUGUGUUAGCCACCACUUUUGCUACAUAAACCGUGAUGUUUGAAACUAUGAAAUGACCAUGUGUUAGUGGCAAAGCAGUGUUUAUUUAUUUUUUUAUUUUUUUACAAGAGAAAAUGUUACAAGAAGAAGUUGUAAUAUUUGUAAAUGAACUUGUGUUUUGAUUGCAAUAUUAUAAGGAAAAAAAUAAAUACUCAAACUAAUUUUGUAGAUAGCACACACAAUUUAAGAUUUAACAAGAAUUUGUUGCACUUACUAAUAUUUCAAAUGCUCUUU